CGAGACUAGACCUUUAAAUACAACCUUUGGAUACGAUCACGUGGUACAGUAGCUCAACUACAAUCUGCCUUCUCGUAGCUACCACGUCUGGUUUUGCGAUUAAAAAGGAUGGCAGAGCCUGAGCCACCCCUCUCGUGUGACUGCUUUGUGUCCUUGCCCCCUGGCUCACAAGAUGAUCACGUGAUCUUUGGGAAGAACUCUGACCGUCCUAGAGAUGAGGUCCAGGAGGUUCUUUACUACCCAGCAACCAGUCACCCAUCUGGGACCAUGCUGGAGUGCACGUACAUUCAGAUCCCCCAAGCAGAACACACCCAUGCUGUGGUCCUCAGCCGGCCUUCCUGGCUGUGGGGGGCCGAGAUGGGGGCCAACGACAAGGGGGUUUGCAUCGGGAAUGAGGCUGUGUGGACCCGCGAAGCUAUCGAUCCAGGGGAAGCCCUGCUAGGAAUGGACCUGGUCCGCUUGGGGCUUGAGCGUGCGGACAGUGCCUGGGGGGCGGUGAGUGUGAUCACUGGUCUGCUGGAGCAGCACGGCCAGGGGGGGCCAUGCAGGGAGGACCCGGCGCCCUUCAGCUACCACAACUCCUUCCUCCUGGUGGACCGCAACGAGGCCUGGGUCCUGGAGACCGCCGGCAAGCUCUGGGUGGCACAGAAAGUCACAGAGGGGGUGAAGAACAUCUCCAAUGCGCUGACCAUCGGGACGGAUAUCUCGGCGGAGCACCCAGAGCUGCGGAGUGUGGCCCAGGCCCAGGGUUGGUGGAGCGGCGAGGGAGAGUUCUGCUUCAACGAGGUGUUCAAGUCUGAAAACCCCCCCGCCAGGAUGGAACUGGCCAAGAAGCGCUACAGUGGGGGCACACAGCUCCUCCAACAGCAUGAUGGUUCUGUGACGGCCGAGGUGAUGAUGUCCAUCCUGAGGGACAAGCCCAGUGGGAUCUGCAUGGACUCUGGGGGGUUCCGCACCACUGGCAGCAUGGUGUCCAUCCUGCCCCGCAACCCCAGCCUGCCCUGCAUCCAUUUCCUCACUGCCACCCCCGACCCCUCCAGGUCUGUUUUCAAGCCUUUUAUCUUCUCUGAGUCUGUGACCCCAGUGUCGAGGGUGAUCUCCCCACAGUACGGCCCAGACGACCCAGUCAGGAAGCAGCCGCGCUUCCAGAGCCAAGUGGACCGCAGGCACGACCUGUACAAGGCCCAUGAGGGGGCCCUGCAGACUAUGGAGACCAACCCGGACGCAGGGAAUGCUCUGACUGAGACGUUGAGGAUGUUGGAGGGCCAGUGUCUGACGGACAUAUCAGCCCUGCUCAGUGGAGAAUCACCAGCAGAAGAGGAACUGGGGGACCUGUUCUUUGACUGUGUGGACACGGAGCUGAAGUUCUACCAGUGAGGAGCGCCCUCAUGUGGAGAUCGCUAGUGCUUGCAGUUCAGCAGGAGAUGGCCCUGGGACUGUUACGUCCUGUGCUCCUGUUAGAUUGGUUCCCUCCCGUCUCAUGCAUACGAACCCCCUUGAUGCCAUUCCAUCCAUCAUUGACACAGAAUAUAAAUGUCUUAACGUUCAUGGGAUUGGAGCAUCAUUAUCAUUUGUAUCACUUUCGGGAGCAAUGCUCGCCCCACAUUAGUGAGUAUGUGAUAGACCACUACAGGAGUGUACAGUACCAGUCAAAAGUUUGGACACACCUACUCAUUCAAGUGUUUUUCUUAUUUUACUAUUUUCUACAUUG